AUUACAAUGCCUCUGUUGCCUGUGGACGCACAAUAAAGUACUUAAACAAAAACACCGAACGAAUCACCUACUGGCUCUCGUGUUUCUAGAGGAAGUCCAAGAUUUCCGCUUCCCGCAAGCUCAUGUUGAAGAGCUUGCUGGUGGCCAAGGCGAAGGAGGAGCUUGAACAGGAGAUCCUGGACAAGGAGGAGGAGAAGCAGCAGUACCUGGCGGAGAAGGCGCCCCCUCUGUUCACCAGCGGCAUGUCCUUCACGGAGCUGCAGGAACUGUGCCGUGAGCUGCAUGCCAAGAUCGACAUUGUGGAUGAGGAGCGGUAUGACAUAGAAGCCAAAGUCAUGCUCAACACUCGAGAGAUCAAGGACCUAAACAUCAAGGUGCUGGACCUCAGGGGGAAGUUUAAGCGACCCACGCUGAGGCGGGUGCGCGUGUCUGCCGACGCCAUCCUCCGCUCCCUCCUGGGCUCCAAGCACAAGGUCUCCAUGGACCUUAGAGCCAACCUCAAGUCCGUCAGGAAGGAGGACACCGAGAAGAAGCGACCGGUGGAGGACAGCGACUGGAGGAAGAAUGUGGAGGCCAUGUCUGGUAUGGAAGGCAGGAAGAAGAUGUUUGACGCUGCCGCACAGUGAAGAGGAAAUGAUGUCAGAGUCAUCGUCCCCCACCCACCCACUGUACCUGGGAAACGCUCUCCCUCCUUCCUGGAGACGGCACAGGAGAAAAACAGUUCAGAUGUGCAAGAUCUGGUCUCUGUGUAGCUGGCUGCCACAACAACAGAUGCUUGAUUUAAUCAGCGGCUGAAAGCAGAAGAAAAAAUGGUCAUUUUGCUUAAUUAGCCAUUUAAAAAGAGCCCAGUAGAUCUUUACUGUAUAGCAUACAAAUUUCCAUUAAGACUUUAUGGAAGAAGGAGAGGGCAUUUGUUUCAUUCUGCAUGUAAAAAGAAUGUGCUUUUAUUUUGCAAAGGGUGGGGUUCCCCUUCUCCCAUCUCU